CUCUAUAUAAACUCCCUCUUCCCUCUCUGCAGACACACUGCUGAUAAAUUUUUCUUAGAGACCUUACUGCGCAAUGGAUGUUUAUUUCCCCUCUGGCUUUACAAUGUGCAGAGGAAUAACAGGGCUGUCAAACACUUGCCUGGAAAGGGCCAAAAGAUUAAAAGCAUGCGUAGGUGGAUUUCUGCAGAGGCAAGACUUGAGCAGCCUAUGCAGAUAUAGAAAACCGAGGUUGACCUUGGAGGAGUGUCUGAUGUGGAAAGAGUCUUUUGAGAAGCUCCUGUCCAGCAAACAUGGACUAUAUGCCUUUAGAUCUUUCCUGGUGUCUGAGUUUAGUGAAGAAAACAUUGCUUUCUACCUGGCCUGUGAGGACUUCAAAAGCACAAAGUCUGCGACUAAGAUGCCAUCCAAAGCAAAGAGGAUCUACGAGGAGUUCAUCGGAAGUGAAGCUCCUAGAGAGGUUAACAUUGACUAUGAGACUCGAGACAUCACUCAAGCCAACUUGCAAAGCCCCACGGCAUCCUGCUUCGAUAUGGCCCAGUACCGCAUCUAUAUUCUCAUGGAAAAGGACUGUUACCCACGAUUCCUCCGAUCCGCCGCCUACCGAAAUCUAGUCAACCAGCUCAAGGUGAAGAGCGCCAAGGCGAAAUCCAAAAAGGCCAUUGCAAUCAAACCACCACAUGAAGAAGAAGAACCAAAAUGAAAAGCAUAGGCGCAUUUUGGCUCUAGAAAAGAUGGACGCUCGGCAAGAAGUGGAAGGGACCGGUGCGGAUCCUAAAAAGGCUGCUUGAGGCAGUCGGAGUGCCAUGAGAUGAAGAGAACCAUGUUAAUGGAAUCAGAUUUUAUCACUGCAUUCCCAGACCCCUUUAAUAUUGUCCAAAAGAGGGAACAGCAGAGCUACUGGUGGAGAGAGUUGCAUCUGCACGUAUACCUGUACUCGGCACAAAAGAGAUGCUGAUGGACUCUACUGAAGUAUGCAUGGGCCACAAAGCACAUAGCAUACUUUCAGCAAAUUAUGUAUUUUGUAAAGUUUAUAGAAUGGAGAAAAGUGUUUUUGGUUAUUUAAUGCAUUCAUUUACUUGAUUUAUUUAUCCUUUUUUAAGUAAAUUGAUAGUCCACUUUAAACAUUCUACUAACUAUACAUUACUUUGCAACUACAUGUCAACUAACUGUCAUUAGAGUAUUAGUAGACCGUCUGCUUAAUAUCUGCUAACACUUUAUUUUGAUGGUCCCACAACAGACAUUCUACUGAUUAUAAGUAACUUUGAAAUUACAUGUCAACUUAUUCUACUAACCCGAACCCUAAAACCUAACCUCAGUCUACUAAUAGUCUACCACAGUCUAUUAAUACUCUAAUGAGAGUUAGUUGACAUGUAGUUGCAGUCACUUAUAGAUUGUAGAAUGUCUAAAGUGAACUAUCAAAAUAAAGGUACCAUGGUACAGUGAUGGUAUCUUAAUUUAAAGAAUAAAAUAAUAUAAUGAAAACCAUCAUGAAAAAACAUGGUUUUAAAAAUUAAAAAAAAUGGUGAUACCAAGGUAGCACCAUGUAAGUGACAAUCUGCCUGGGGUGCUAUGAGGCACAGAAUGUUAAAAGUUGGUGUGCUAACUAUUUAUUUUAAGUUAUUUCAGUUUUAUAAGUGUUUUUUUGUUAAAUAAAUGUUCAAUUCAAUUUAGUAAAACUUUGACAUUAAAGAAAUAAUGUGCUUUCACA